AUGGAUCCUAUGGGGUCAGCAGACUCUUCAACGUCCCCAGGCCCUUUGACUCACCUGAGCCUGCCAGACAGCUCAGAGGCGCGGCUGCGGAGCGGAGCCGACGGGCGGAGCCUCCCGGGCAGCUGGACCAGGUCCCCUCCAGAGCAUGCCACCCUCCUGCGGGAAGGUGUGCGCAGAUGCCUGCAGCAACGCUGCGAGCAGACAGUGCGGAUCCUGCAUGCCAAGGUGGCCCAGAAAUCCUAUGGAAAUGAGAAGCGGUUCUUCUGUCCCCCGCCCUGCGUCUACCUGGCGGGUCCUGGCUGGAGGGUGAAGCCAGCACAGGGUCAAGCCGACCCGGCAGGGGACUCGGGGCCCGCCGUCUGCGGCUACAUGGGGCUGGACGGCGCGUCGGGCAGCGCGGCCGAGACGCAGAAGCUGAACUUCGAGGAGCAGCCGGACUCCGUCGCGUUCAGCUGCGCCAAGACCCUGUUCAUCUCCGACGCGGACAAGAGGAAGCACUUCCGGCUGGUGCUGCGGCUGGUGCAGCGCGGGGGCCGGGAGCUGGGCACCUUCCACAGCCGCCUCAUCAGGGUCAUCUCCAAGCUCCAGAAGAAGCAGUCUCUGAAGAACACCGAUCUGUGCAUCUCCUCCGGCUCCAAGGUCUCCCUCUUCAACCGCCUGCGCUCCCAGACCGUGUCCACGCGCUACCUCUCUGUGGAGGAUGGGGCCUUUGUGGCCAGUGCAAGACAGUGGGCCGCCUUCACGCUCCACCUGGCUGAUGAGCACAGCUCCCAAGGGGACUUCCCCCCUCGAGAGGGCUACGUCCGCUACGGCUCCCUAGUGCAGCUCGUGUGCACGGUCACCGGCAUCACACUGCCACCUAUGAUCAUCCGCAAAGUAGCCAAACAGUGUGCCCUCCUGGAUGUGGAUGAGCCCAUCUCCCAGCUGCACAAGUGCGCGUUCCAGUUCCCAGGCGCCUCUCCAGGUGGGGCCGGCAACUACUUGUGCCUCUCCACAGAGAAAGUGGUGCAAUUCCAGGCCACCCUCUGCCCCAAGGAGGCGAACAAGGCCUUGCUCAAUGACAGCUCCUGCUGGACCAUCAUUGGCACGGAGGCAGUGGAGUUCUCCUUCAGCUCCAGCCUGGCCUGUGCGUGCGAGCCGGUCACACCCGUACCCCUCGUCAGCACCCUCGAGCUGAGCGGUGGGGGUGACGUGGCCACGCUGGAGCUACUGGGAGAGAAUUUCCACGCGGGACUCAAGGUGUGGUUUGGAGAUGUGGAGGCAGAAACUAUGUACAGGAGCCCCCGGUCCUUGGUGUGUGUCGUGCCUGAUGUGUCUGCAUUUGGCAGCGAUUGGCGCUGGCUUCGCACUCCCAUCACGGUGCCAGUGAGCCUGGUGCGCACCGAUGGGCUCUUCUACCCCAGCGCCUUCUCCUUCACCUACACCCCUGAAUACAGCACGCGGCCAGCGCUGCCCGGAGCCCCAGAACCGGCCGCUGACGCCGACGCCCUCCUGGAGAGCAUCCACCAUGAGUUCACGCGUACCAACUUCCACCUGUUCAUCCAGACUUAGGUGCUGCCCACGCGCCCGGCCUGCCCACCCCCUGGGUCUGCUUCCUUGCCCCUGAGCUGUGAAAGGGCAGGAAGGGGCUGGCCCUACACCAGAUCCUA